UUUGCCCACCCAGGUGGUACCGAUAUGUGAAAUUUUGGUUCUUGGCUCAAGUACUAUGAUACCUGAAAGAACUGCUCCACCAUCAAAUUGGGCCACUCCCACUUCAUCAACUCAUUUAAUUAGACACAGGUUUGAUUCAUUUAUAGAAAAGAGCAGUGUGACCCAAAAAGAGUGUGACUUUUAAUGUGCUUUUGACUUUCUGUGUUGCUUUUGGAGUUAACAAAAAUUCGCCUGUUGAGGAAAAUAACAAAAUGAGAAAAAAUAUAAAAAGCUACCCCUAUGAAAAGUCUAUCAUAUUUUAAUUUACUUAUAUUGACCCUAAAAACAAUUUAGUAUAUGUAAGGUUUUGCCCACCCAAGUGGUACCGACAUCUGGUCUGGCUCAAGGACUAAAUGUGUGUGUUAGAUAUGAAUGUAGAAUGCUUAAAUCAACUCCUUAUAAGGUAAACAGACCCAUCUAUGUGAGAGGUGAAAAAGAAACAGAAACCAGCCCACAAGCGAAGACAACACCCAGAUUAGCAAACUCUUUGUCUAGAUAGAUGGAGCAUCUACUAUAAAUGGUUUGAGGGAACCUUAGUCUUGGUUCUAAAGCCCUCAGACCUCUAAGCUGUCUGUUUGGUAGGAUGAGCUAAUUUUGAACCUGGAGAUCUCUGUUUGCACAUUUUUGACUCAUUGUAGCUAAUAAAAUAGAGCUUCAACUGAGAACUCUUCUGAAUCCUCGUCUUCUCUUCUUCACAUCAACGACCACGCGGGAAAAGGGUAAGGAAUUGGAGUCAGAGACUUUAUAAUGAGAGAGUCAGUACCCCUUAAAGUCAUAGGAAAACCACCCUUUUUCCAACCCUACCUAUUCAACUCCGACUCAUACACAUUCUGUGAUUCUCCUAGAGUGGUUCUUUACACAGGCCCGUCAAGAUCUCUAAACUCCUCACGUUGCCAGUGGAACCACACCCAGUCCCUGUGGCGAGCUUAUCACCAACUGGUCAAACUUUUAGAGCUUAUCUUAAACUGGAAACCACAGGCGAUGGCUGAAAUGCAGACCGACUGGUAUCUACAGAGACUCACAUUGGAGUUGUCAUCUCUCAAUCACAGAAACCCUGAGCCUGCUUUAGAAAUGGGCUCCUUCAAUCGACCUGCUGACCUUUUCCAUUCUGAUACCUCAAACUGUCUUAAAAAAUAAAGGGUUAGGGUUAUCCAAUUACUUCACGGAGGGCAGAGUGGAUUCAGUGUAAACCACUUCACAGCACUAUCAUCUAGAGCCAGACUAUUAAAUUAGUGACCUCAUAGGUCAAAUUUGAUAAACAGGAAACCUUUAGGCGAUCCCAACCCGACCAGUAUCCGUGAAUCCAGUAAAUAACAGAGAAAUUUAACAGCUUGUAAUGUGCCAUUUAAAUAAGCUUGUGAGUGAGCCAUGCUACCUUUAUCAUAUCGGUGUAAGAGUUGCACAUGCCCACACUGAUCAGAAUAGAGUUUGACAUUAGAGUGACUGACAUUUGGAGGUUAUUAAGUUUGAACCUGUUUGGUCUUUUUUCAUGUUAACUUUUUACAUACAAAGCAGAAAACCAUCACUGAUUUGCCUCACUGAAGCCAUAGUCAUAUGUGAUACCCUCAUAAAUGAGUGAAGGAACUUUAUUUUGGAAACAGCAAACACUUUAUAAAGUGAUGUAUUAAGCACAAUUUUUUUUAUUUUUCAUAAUUUAUUUUAAUGGUUGAAUGCCAGAAAGUCAUCGGUAUGCAUUACUAUGUAUUUGUUAUGGGGACCGGAACCUUUGGUGAGCGGCCAGUUGCACUGCUGCACGAUAGGGUGAGAGGCAAGCGACUUCCGCCCACCGGCAGUUCAGUGAAUGGAGGAGACACAAGGAGUUCAUACAGCCUCAUUUCAGUACACCUUUACUUUGUUUUACAGGUUGGUUCACUGUGAAAAUACGAUGACUAAGAUCGUAAGCAUUGGCAUGAAUGUGGGGAUGUGUUAGGACACUUGAAUGACAAAGUUUUAAGUUUUAAGAGUGUUAGAAUGCCCGCGGUUCGCCAUGUGAUUUUACGUUGCUAGCGACUCUAGCGGCUAACGUGCUAUGACGCGGCAGAUACGAAGGCGUCGGUGUUUUGCUGCGUUAUGUUUCGGACACGCGAAUGUGCCAUGUUGACGGUUAUUCCUGACAUUCGAAUACUUUUCUAAAAGGUUAUCAGAACAUUUGACUGAUGUGUAGAGUUUUGAUAAGGAUGUCGUACAGGUUGUUUUGUGUAUGACAUUGUUUAUGCUGAUGUGGUUAACAAAUGUUUACAUUUAUAUCCUCUUUCCACAUACAUAUACACACACCCACACACAAACACAUAUAUAUACACACACACACAUACAUCCAUACACACACAUACCUAAACCACACAAACACACAUAGGAAAAACCUAACAAAGGACAGAUCCAGAGAUAUUCAGUCGAUAUUCAUUCAGAACGGGAAAUAUUUUAUUAUUGUUGUUUACUGUCUGACUGUGUGGUCGAUUGAUUGGUUGAUUUGAGAUGGUUAUUGUCAACUAUUGUGAAUAAAUCUGAGUUCAGUGAAUGGAGGAGACACAAGGAGUUCAUACAGCCUCAUUUCAGUACACCUUUACUUUGUUUUACAGAAACAAUCUUCAUUGUUGCGUGGUGCUCGGUAAUGCCCGGGACCCGUAACAAAUUGUGGGGGCUCGUCCGGGAUCAGCGCCAGCUGUUGGUUGGAUGCUGAUCCAGUGAUUCAAGAACCACGAGACUGAGGUGGCGAGACGUGACUGCGGACCAGGAGUCAGCCGUGACUGUCCAAGGGUGGAGAUAAGGAUAAAGAUCUCACCAAGGAGCGGCACAGCUGAGUUGGGAUUCAACGCACGUCAGUCGCCGAGUAGCAACGCUGCUGGUGUGCCAAGCCAGCAUUUCCCACAACGAAACAUCGCAGUAACCCCUGAGCCAAGCACGCCAUGUCCCGGGUACGGAAGGAGCUGGUGUGGAACAUCAGGAGAGGUUUAUUCAAGCUGUCAGGUGCCAAGCUACGUCAGAUAGUAACAGACAUCGCAUCAGACAGCUCAGAGACUGAACAGCUGAGUGCGACCGAUGAGGAGGAGUGCAUGGACUACAUCAUCUCCUACAUGCAGUCUGACGCCCUUCAAGGAAGUGAGGAUGAAGGUGUCAGUAAACUGCUGGUGCUAAACGACGUGAUUAACCAGAUGAUGAGCGAGGCGGAGUGGCCAGCCGUCGCGACGACCCCUAUGGAGGCCAGUGCCGACCCCACCCCACCUCAGACAGACCACACAUCACUAUCACCCAGCCCUCAUGUCACCGACGCCGUUAUGCCAUCCCCUCCACAUCCCAUCCCCCCUGCCCACACGACCCCAUCAGACUACACCUCAUCAUCACCCUUCCCCCUGGUCAGCACCACUGUUAUGCAGCCCUCUCCCCUUCUCACUCUCCCUGUCGACACAGUAGCCCAGCCGGUGGGGGAACUGAAGAUGCUGUAUGAGGAGCUGGGAAAGAAACUGAGGCAGUAUGAGGCUACGGCUGCAUUCCCCGCCCCUAUACACAGCCACCAAGGUGGACCAGCGUUCAACCCCCCUUCACAGAGAGACCCGGAGAGAAUGGUUCCUCUUAAAGACUUCCCCUACCUGCAGCGACGAGAGUUCAAGGUUCAUGGGGGCCAAAUUGGGGACCAGAGCUCUGAGGUCAGCUAUAGUAACCUCAGUAAGCAGAUCGAUGAAGGAGUCAAAGAAGGCUUCGCCGACGUAGAAGUGGUCCGGGGCGUAUUGAGGAUCAUCAAACCCGGCGCAUUCAAAGACAUGUUGUCAAACAAGGAUGACUUGGCCGUCCCUGAACUCAAGGUCUUUCUCAGGUCUCAUCUGGGGGAGAAGGCUACUACGGAGAUGUUUCAGGAGCUGAUGUGUGCCCGGCAAGCCGAACACGAGUCACCACAGCAGUUCUUGUACCGCAUGAUUGGACUCAAACAGAGACUACUGUUCCAGUCAAAGCAGGCCAACACUGACAUUUCGUACGACCCCAAGACCAUCCAGGAGGUCUUCCUCAACACAAUCUAUCAGGGCCUGGGACCGAAACACAGCGACCUCCGACAAAGACUGAGACCCCUUGUAUCGAAUAGCCAAGUCACCGACGAGGAAAUUCUCGGGCAGAUGACAAAAAUGAUCAGCGACGAGAAUGAACAUCAGCGCAGACUCGGUCAGCUUCCCCGCCAAAAGUCAAGCCACGCCCACAGCGCCAAGGUGGAAACAGGUGGACAGAAUGACAACAAACAGGGAGGCUCUGCAGCAGAUAACAAGAACACCCAGACCAUACAGCAGCUUAGUGCGCAGGUGGAGACCCUGACACAAAUGGUGGCCGCUCUGAUGGACCAUCAAGUAAACAGCAGCCAGGUGCCACCGCCAUUCCAAGUACCAGCCCAGCCUCCGUCGUAUCACCCCCUCCACUCACCCUCCAGUCACACUCCUCCCCUGCCAUCAUCCGCCCGCCCAUCUCCCCAUACCUCAUCACAGCACUCAUUCCAGCCACCCCCCAAUGUCAACCCCCAACCCCCUUUCCAGGAAAGGCGAAGGUCAGCUCGUUGCCAAAAAUGUACAGAAGAGAAUUUGCAGGAGUGCAGCCACUGCUUUGUGUGUGGUGAAACAGGACACCGGGCAGUAGGAUGCUUGAAGCGGACCAGGUUUCAGGGAAACGAGACCCGGUCUCUGCCGAGGGACAGUCAGAGACCGGCACGCAACUUCAGUCCCAACCAAUAAACCCCACCUCUCAACGCCCAUCAAAACUGUCCGGACCCCGCAAACAACACCCAACCCAAACCCUCACCUGUCAGAGUGGAAACAAGUGCCAAACGCCCUUAGUGGGGAAGAGAAGCCAGCUGAAAUGCUCAAUCAAUGGGCACCCUGCAACGGUCCUGUUCGACACUGGCUCGCAAGUGAGCAUAAUUGACAGAGCGUGGGCUAGCACCCACAUCCCCAGUUACCAAGUGAGGGCGCUACAAGAGCUCUUUGAACAUGACCUGGAGGUCUUUGCAGCGAAUGGCCAGUCUAUCCCCUACGACGGGUGGGUGGAACUGACUGUCAACCUCAAUGGAAACAAUGACCCAGACCUCAUAGUCCAAGCGCCCUUCCUGGUCAGCCAGUUGCCCCUAUCCCAGCCAUUGUUAGGGGCCAAUGUACUUGAACAGGUCAUCAAAAGACAAGAGUCCUCGGGUGCGGCGGUAGCCACACUGCUCAGCCUCCUACGCAGAGCAUUCGGGAUGGAGGAAGAACAAGUGGUUGCCAUGGUCCACUGCAUCCAAGCCCCCCAAAAGACAUUGUGUGACCCCGCCACGGUUAGAGUGGGCAGAGACAAUAUUGUGGUUCCGGCCGGGAAGGCAGUACAUGUGCGGUGUAGGGUCCCCCCCAACUUUGACACUUCUGAUCCCCUUGUCCUGUAUGAGCCUGCAGAUGGGAACCCUGUCCUGGGGCAGUUGAGCAUAGGUGAGGGCCUCAUAGAAAUCAACCACGCAGGGCGACCCCAUGUUAAAGUGCCCAUUUCUAAUCACUCAAAGCACGAUGUCAUCCUGCCAAAGAGAACGCCCUUAGGUGUCAUCCAGAAUGUCACCAAGGUCCUCGAGACAGAAACAGCAGAGUCACACCGAGCGGACGUCACCCUGACAACUGCAACGGCAGAGGUUGCCCACACUGCCUCCCCCAGUAUAGCCUCCAUUGAGCCCUGGCUGCCGCCUGUCGACAUCAGCCACCUGAGCCCCGAACAGCAGCAGGUGGUAGAGAAGUUGCUCUGUGAGGAGUCAGGGGCCUUUGCCAGGGACAGUGAUGACAUCGGUUGCAUCCCCUCACUCCAGAUGGAGAUAAGACUCAAGGACGACAUCCCAGUGCAAAAAUCCUAUGCAUCUAUCCCGAAACCACUCUACAAAGAAGUGAAGGAGUAUGUGCAGGAGCUACUUGUGAAAGGAUGGAUCGUAAAGUCCCGGUCCCCCUAUGCAGCCCCUGUCAUAUGUGUGAGAAAGAAGGAUGGGUCCCUGCGCCUAUGCAUCGACUACCGGCUUCUUAACAACAAGACAGUGCCAGACCGACACCCCCUCCCCCGGAUCCAGGAUCUCACUGACUCACUGGGAGGGUAUGGCUGGUUUUCGAUACUUGACCAGGGCAAGGCCUAUCACCAAGGAUUUAUGGCUGAAGAGUCAAGGUACAUGACAGCGUUCACGACCCCGUGGGGGCUGUACGAGUGGGUCCGGAUCCCCUUUGGAUUAUCCAACGCCCCAGCAGCAUUUCAAAGGAGUAUGGAGGAGAUGCUCGACACGCUCCGAGAUGAAUGCUGCAUCCCUUACCUCGACGACGUCUUAUGUUUCUCAAAGUCAUUCACGCAGCAUGUGGAGGUACUGCGCAAAGUACUCCAGGCUCUCCAGCGUCAUGGCGUAAAACUGAAACCAGAGAAGUGUGAGUUGUUCCGGAAAGAAGUCCGCUAUGUUGGCAGGCUGGUGUCUGCCGAUGGAGUGAGGGUGGACCCCAAGGACUUGGAGGCUGUGCGGGUAUUGAAACACAGAGCACCAAAGACAGUCGGAGACGUGAGACGACUAUUGGGCUUUCUGAGCUACUACAGGAGCUUCGUACAAGAUUUCUCACGGAUAGCCCAGCCUCUGUAUGACCUGUUGAAAGUACAGACUGACAAUCUCCCGCCCAAAAUCACCCGAGGCAAGACAAAGUCCCCUCAACAGUCCUCUCACACUCCAGUCGUGUGGAACGAGAAACACCAGCAGGUACUGGAACGUCUAAUAGACAUGCUGAUGGAACCCCCAGUGUUAGCAUACCCCGAUUACAAUCAACCCUACACACUCCAUACGGAUGCAUCCCAGGAAGGUCUUGGAGCAGUCCUUUAUCAACACCAGGAUGAAAAGCUGAGGGUGAUUGCCUACGGUUCACGCACACUGACCCCAGCGGAGCAGAAUUACCACCUGCACAGCGGCAAGCUAGAGUUCCUGGCACUAAAGUGGGCGGUAUGUGAUAAAUUCAGAGACUAUUUGUUCUAUGCCCCUCACUUCACUGUCUUCACAGACAACAAUCCGCUCACGUAUGUCCUAAGCACAGCCAAGCUCAAUGCGGUGGGCCACCGGUGGGUGGGGCAGCUCGCCGAUUUUCGCUUCGACAUCAGAUACCGGCCAGGCAAGAUGAACAUCGAUGCCGAUACCCUGUCCCGUUGCCCCCUUGACAUCGAGACCCUCAUGACGGAGUGCUCUGAGGAGCUAUCGGACGAGGCCGUGUGCACUGUCUGGGAAGGAACCCGGAGAGCUCAGCAGAAGGACGUUGCCUGGGUCGCAGCCCUCAGCCUUGCAUCCCAAACUCAGCCCCGCAUGGAGCCACUGCAGGCUAUAAGUCAUGAUGAACUGGUUAAAGAACAAAGAAAAGACCCGGCAAUUGGAAAGGUCAUGGAGUUAAAGGACAGCAACACAACACCGACAGAGUACAACAAGAACAACUGGGACACAGACACCAUGAGGCUACUAAGGGAGUGGAGCAAGUUGCAUAUUGAGGACGGCCUAUUGUACAGGAAAACCACAGGCCGAAGACAGCUGGUAUUGCCGGCCACAUACAAGCAACUAGCCCUCACCUACCUGCAUAACAACAUGGGCCAUGUUGGUGUUGAAAAAGUCCUGACCCUGGCAAGAGAGCGCUUCUAUUGGCCAUUCAUGAAGAGAGAGAUAGAGGAGUAUGUCACCAGAAAGUGCCCCUGUCUGAAACAGAAGAAGCCAGCAGUGCAUGAAAGAGCGCCCAUGGGCAGUGUUACAUCCAACUCGCCCCUCGAACUGGUGUGCAUCGACUUCCUCCAUCUGGAGCCCUCCCGUGGUGGAUGUGAGUAUAUUCUGGUGGUGGUCGACCACUUCACCAGGUUUGCACAAGCCUACCCCACCCGUAACAAAGCUGGUAAGACGGCGGCCGACAAGCUGUUCAAUGAUUUUAUUCCCCGGUUUGGCUACAUGUCCAAACUCCACCAUGACCGGGGAGGAGAGUUCGAAAACGAGUUGUUCCGGUCCCUGAGAAAACUAGCCGGGGUGGGUCACUCCAGAACCACUCCCUAUCACCCCCAAGGAAACCCUGUGGAGAGACUAAACCGCACACUGUUACAAAUGCUCAGGACGUUGGGAGAGAAAGAAAAGGGGAAUUGGAAAGAUCACCUGCCUCAUGUUGUUCACGCAUAUAACUGCACGAAGCACGAAGCCACCGGGUUUUCCCCCUACUAUUUGAUGUAUGGCCAUCAUCCACGCCUCCCCGUCGACCUUCUGUUUGGCCUCAUAGCCGACGGAGAAACAGAAACCCACCAAGGAUAUGCCAACAAAUGGGCAGGAAGGAUGACCGAGGCUUACAGGAUAGCGAACGAAAACAGCCAGCAGUCCAGCAGUAAGGGCAAGAAGUACUACGACAAGCGCAGCAGAGGUGUGACUCUUGAGCCUGGAGAUAGGGUCCUGGUGCGUAACCUCAGUGAGAGAGGUGGACCUGGUAAACUCCGAUCCUACUGGGAGCAGACCAUCUACAUUGUAAAGGAGAAGGUUGGAGACAAUCCUGUUUACAAAGUCGCCCCUGAGACAGGAAACCGCCCUACUCGCACCCUACAUCGGAACCUGCUAUUGCAAGUAAAUGAUCUGCCAGUGGAACCACCACAAAGUCCAGCCACCAGCACGCGUGGGUCGCACAAGAAAGUUGAAAGACACUCUGAGUCUGUAAAACCCACAGAACAGGCACCGAGCCCAGACACAAGUGACUCGGAAGAAGAGGGUGGUGUGUAUCGCUACUGGCUGCGACUACCAACCAGAACUGCCAGUCCCUCACCAGACCGGGACGUAAUUCAAGAGUCACAAGGGAACAUGAACCAUGGACUUCACCAGGAAGAAAGAGUUGACGUCAGACCUGAACAGGGAGUCAACGCGGAACCUGAACAGAACAGCGAAAACAACAUGGAAGAGGAACCAGAAGUAUACCGUGAGGCUGAACAGGACAUGGAUCAGCCCCAGCUCGAUGAUGAUCACCAGGUACGUGAAGUCGUCUGCCUGGGGGAAGACAUCGCAGAGCCACUCCGGCCGGAACACCCAGCCCCCGUGAGACACUCCACCCGGGUGAGAAAGCCUGGCUACAUGUUCACCUACCCCUCUCUGGGUCAACCAGCCUACCAGCGCCGCCCCAGCGUGAAUGCAGUGGGAAUUCAUCCGACGCAUUGGCCCCAGCUACAGUACCCUCAGCACCAUUUCCCUCAGCACUAUCCCCUCCCCUUCCAACCCCCCAUGUCCCCGGCCUUCACACCACAUUCAUUCCCAUACACUACAUAUCCACUCCCAUACACCGCAUACCCAGUACCUUGUUUUUGAACUGAAGUGAGACACUUGAAGUGCCACAGACUAUGCACACGUUAAGGACAUUCGAUGCCUACGUUGGGAGUGCCUUUGUUCUCAUCUUUUCUACAUGAGUGAAGCCGUUUGGUGAACUUUGAACUGUGAGGUUUUCUAUUUCUUUAGGUCAAGUGUCGGGAGCCACUUCUGUUUGUCGGGGAGACUGUGAUACCCUCAUAAAUGAGUGAAGGAACUUUAUUUUGGAAACAGCAAACACUUUAUAAAGUGAUGUAUUAAGCACAAUUUUUUUUAUUUUUCAUAAUUUAUUUUAAUGGUUGAAUGCCAGAAAGUCAUUGGUAUGCAUUACUAUGUAUUUGUUAUGGGGACCGGAACCUUUGGUGAGCGGCCAGUUGCACUGCUGCACGAUAGGGUGAGAGGCAAGCGACUUCCGCCCACCGGCAGUUCAGUGAAUGGAGGAGACACAAGGAGUUCAUACAGCCUCAUUUCAGUACACCUUUACUUUGUUUUACAGGUUGGUUCACUGUGAAAAUACGAUGACUAAGAUCGUAAGCAUUGGCAUGAAUGUGGGGAUGUGUUAGGACACUUGAAUGACAAAGUUUUAAGUUUUAAGAGUGUUAGAAUGCCCGCGGUUCGCCAUGUGAUUUUACGUUGCUAGCGACUCUAGCGGCUAACGUGCUAUGACGCGGCAGAUACGAAGGCGUCGGUGUUUUGCUGCGUUAUGUUUCGGACACGCGAAUGUGCCAUGUUGACGGUUAUUCCUGACAUUCGAAUACUUUUCUAAAAGGUUAUCAGAACAUUUGACUGAUGUGUAGAGUUUUGAUAAGGAUGUCGUACAGGUUGUUUUGUGUAUGACAUUGUUUAUGCUGAUGUGGUUAACAAAUGUUUACAUUUAUAUCCUCUUUCCACAUACAUAUACACACACCCACACACAAACACAUAUAUAUACACACACACACAUACAUCCAUACACACACAUACCUAAACCACACAAACACACAUAGGAAAAACCUAACAAAGGACAGAUCCAGAGAUAUUCAGUCGAUAUUCAUUCAGAACGGGAAAUAUUUUAUUAUUGUUGUUUACUGUCUGACUGUGUGGUCGAUUGAUUGGUUGAUUUGAGAUGGUUAUUGUCAACUAUUGUGAAUAAAUCUGAGUUCAGUGAAUGGAGGAGACACAAGGAGUUCAUACAGCCUCAUUUCAGUACACCUUUACUUUGUUUUACAGAAACAAUCUUCAUUGUUGCGUGGUGCUCGGUAAUGCCCGGGACCCGUAACACAUACAGACACUAACUUUGAGGCAAUACUUCAGGCUGGCUGAUGAUAUUUUUUUAAUGAGUAAAACUUAAGUAAUCACUUACAGUCACCAAGUCGGAAAAACCUUUGGGUUUCCAUGUUGGUAAAACUGUCUGGCCUCAUUGAGCAUGACUGUUUUCAUAUUCAUUUCAGAGUUAGUUCAACAGAUGAAUGAACCCCAAACCAACAAACAACACUUAGAAUUAUCAGUCAUACUUUUAAUAUUUUCUACCUCAAAGAUGGUCAAGUUUUCUCACCUGUUUUAGAGCUUCAGGAUACUGUGUGAGGAAGCAAAAAGAUUGUCCACAGCAGCAUGCUCAGAGUUUUUAUAGGUUAUCUCCAAAAGGCAGAGCAGCACUGUGAUCAUGUGAUUUCACAGAAAGCUUUUAGUUGGAAAGUUCCUCCCCCUGCUUUUUUUUAGAAUAUUAACUGGUAAUUUAUUGACGGUCCCUUAUCCAACACCUGAUGUUGACCGUUAACAGCAAGGGUGCUGAGUAGAUUCAACAGGGCUGCUGUUGCUAUUCCCGGUUAUGAAGAGUGAGAAGACACCGGUAGAUCCUCAGUGAAUGUCCGUCGGAUAUCAAACCUAAAACUAACUUCACCAAGACAACCCUGUGUGUGAAACUCCCACAUUCCUCGCAGGAAAGUUUCCUUAUCCGGUCCCAGGACACAGUGUGGUGAGACGCCUCCUCCUCUUGUUUUAUUUUGGCUGGACUUCCUGUGUUUCCUUGUUUGCCUGGUCUGGCUUUACUCUCUUCCAGAGCUUCCUCCCCUCUCCUGGUCGCUUAGGCUGAGUGACACUUCACACCUGCUCCACAUCUCCAAUCAAGGCACUUUAAGAAGCCUGCAGCCCUCAGUCUCAGCACCUGAGUAUUGUCUACCCUUCCUAGUGGUAUAGACACGUCUCCUGGCCUUCCUUCUUGUAAGAGUAUCAGUAACUUUGCUCCUAGUAAUUCUGUGCAUGUUCACUUACCUUCCUCUCCUCUGGUUUUUCCUGCAGUGUCUCCAGCCCACACGACAGCCAGCCAACCAGCCUACAGGACUUCCUCUUUUUGCAUUUACAACCCUUGUUUGGACAUUAAAUUACACCUUAAGUUGAUCUCUGUCUCCGUGUCUGCUUCUGGGUCCUCACAACUCACCAGCCACUCCACACACAGGAUAUAAAUUUUUCCAGACUUGUUAGCACUUUAAGGUUACCUAACUGACCCGACCGGAGGUUAACCAAACCUCUGGCUCUUCAUGGUUGGUCAAUUCGGAGAACAGAGACGGAGCUUUUAUUACCUUUCAAACUGACUCAAUCACUGACCAUCUAAAUAAUCAUUAAUGCCUCAAUCCAGGUCUCCCAUUUGAGAUUUACCAUCUUAACAGACCCAAGGAAAGGUCUGAGGAGCAGGACACUGACCUCCAGACCUCUGUCGUAAAACCCUGCUCAACCAUACUCUGAUAAGAACUGCAUUCCUUUGGUGAAAGAAUACAAAUAACUGAUCAUGACAUCUUAUGCAUGUAGCAAUGUACUAAUCUGCUUAAUCAUGAAAUUUGUGUUAAAAUGAGAUGUGUCCCAUUUUUCUAUGUGCUCCAGAUCCCAAGUUAUCACCCUGACAGAAUAAAUCCUUAUUCUUCAGUUUCUUUAGACCAACAGCUUUUGAGGCUACUUCAUGAACUUUAAGAGUUAAAUUCAUUGACUAUGAAUUAUAACUUUACUCAAGUAACAGAAAUGGUUGGUUUAUAUCUUAAUCAUUUAUUUAGUAUUUUUAACCAUUAGGUGGUUAUAAUGUCACUGAAUAAUCUGAAUGUGAGUAUUUAGAAUCCAUUAUUAAUCAUGAUGAAGUUCAUUCACGUGUUUACUCUUUUGUUGUUCACAGUUUCUAUGUGUUAGCAUCUGUUUUUUUUUAGAGUAAUUUAGUAUGAUCAAUGUGAUACUUGAAACAAAAUGAGAAUGUUUGAUGUGAUCCUACAUUUCAUUCAUACGUGUUUAGUAUCAAAUCAUUUAUCAUGAAACCAAACAUUCAAUGAUAUUAAUCAAAGUGAGUGAGUAUAAGAUCUGACUCUUUUACCAGCCAAAAGUAUAUUUUAGAUCCAAUAAUUAGGGAUCCAAGAGGUCUCCUCUGCAGUUGGAGACCCCAUGAACCCUCUUCU